AAGUUAGCCAAGACCUCUUAGAGGGUGUUGUUAAAGUUAACAUUCAUCACCAAAAAGUUCGUAAUACUAUAAAAAGUGACGAUAAUAGUCCAAUAAUUUAUUCUAAUUCAGUACACGUUAGCUACUUUUAAAGCAAUACUUACUAUUAAUGCAUUAUCGGUCGUCUUUGCUUCAAACAGGCCAAAAAUACUUUUUUAAAACAUAUUUUUACACAGAAAAGGAUUAUAAGACUAAAUAAAUGUAAUUACAAUGUUAAUGAUAACACAUUUCAGUUACGAGCAGCAUUGUGCCUCAUUAAGAUAAAUGCGAAGCCGGCUUUUCCGAGCGACACCUGAACGCAGCACUGCAGUGAUUCAGUCACGGAGAGUUUGAACGCCUCUCUUGUCAAUGACUCGCCGCUGCAUAUUUUCGUUCUUCUUCGUCACCCUCGCCCGCUUUUUCUUCUUUCGACAAGCGGUGUUCGAGGAACCGGAGUGCCGAAGCAAUCCCUGAUAGGAGUCCCGGAAAGGAUGCCCACGGAGCGGGCAAGUGAUGAGCCAGGAUGCUGAGGCUUUGUUGGGAGGAAGACGAGGCUUUUGUCUCAUCCCUUGCUGCUUUGUCUUCUCUUGGUCCUCCGAUAAGCACCGGGACAGACAGUGUGGCGUGUCAGUGCUGGACUGCGCCCAGCAGCAGCAGAGGUGGACCGGGGGGACCAUGAGUCUGUACGGCGACGGCCGGCAGGGGAACGUUUAUGGCCGGGAGCAGCGGAGGCGCUCUGCUGACCGCUCACGUGACUCGUCCCAUGAGAGAGGAGAGGGUCAGCUGACCCCCUGCAUCAGGAACGUGGCCUCCCCCACCCGGCAGCACGACCGAGAACGUGGUGAUGGCGGCUCAUCCUCCAGAUCUUCCAGUCCACGUCCCCCCAGGGUUUCUCUUCCAUGUUCAAAUGUUGGAGCAGCUGCUGCGGGGGACCUCCACCCCGGCGACAUGAUCUUUGUGUACGACCUCAGCGGUAAAGAGGGUCAUCGUGGCGGCCAGCGCGUGGGAGAGCGGGUGACGCUGAUUGUGGACAACACAAGAUUUGUGGUGGAUCCUGCCAUCUUUACAGCCCAACCCAACACCAUGCUGGGCAGGAUGUUUGGCUCAGGGCGGGACAACAAUUUCACAAGGCCCAAUGAAAAAGGAGAGUUUGAGGUGGCUGACGGCAUCAGCUCCACGGUCUUCAGAGCCAUUCUGGAUUACUACAAAUCGGGGAUAAUCCGCUGCCCCGACGGCGUUUCCAUUCCUGAGCUGAGGGAGUCAUGUGACUACCUGUGCGUCUCCUUCAACUACAACACCAUCAAGUGCAGAGAUCUGAGCGCCCUCAUGCACGAGCUGUCCAACGACGGGGCCCGGCGGCAGUUUGAACGCUACCUGGAGGAGAUGGUGCUUCCGGUCAUGGUGGCCAGCGCGCGGGGCGGGGAGAGGGAGUGUCACGUGGUGGUGCUCACCGACGACGACGUGGUGGACUGGGACGAAGAGUACCCGCCGCAGAUGGGGGAGGAGUACUCUCAAAUCAUCUACAGCACCAAACUCUACCGCUUCUUCAAGUACAUCGAGAACAGAGACGUGGCCAAGUCCGUCCUCAAGGACCGAGGACUUAAGAAGAUCCGCCUGGGCAUCGAAGGCUACCCCACCUGUAAAGAGAAGAUAAAGCGGCGUCCCGGAGGUCGCCCAGAGGUCAUCUACAACUACGUCCAGCGUCCUUUCAUCCGCAUGUCCUGGGAGAAAGAGGAGGGCAAAAGCCGCCACGUGGACUUCCAGUGCGUCAAGUCCAAGUCCACCACCAAUUUGGCGGUCCCCGCCGCAGACAUUUCCCCGGAUUUGCUGGGCCCGCGGGUGGACGAACUGGACCCGAGCACGGACACGCUUCUUCAGUCGGGGUGGGGUCAGAUGCCGGAGGGCCUGGACUUGAAUACCUCUCGGAGUGUCGGGGAUAUGCACCAUACUCAGGCACUUUACCACCAACACCACCGGUCCCAGUUAGACCCCCACGGGUCCCCGUCUGAGUGACGCAACUAUCGGGGCACACUGGCUGAACUUUGACCCUCAGCAGACCACAACUCACAUCUCAUUCAUAUGGGAAACAUUGCGUGGCCAUAUUAGGGUGUCAUAUUACGUUCUACCACCAGGGGUCGCUGUUUCCCCAUAUUAGGUGAUGACGUCCAGUCAAUUAAACUGGCAGUUGUGGUUCCAAUGGCCAUAUUAGGGUGUCAUAUUAAGUUGUACCACCGGGGGUCGUUGUUUCCCAUAUUAGGUGAUGACGUCCAGUCAAUUAAACUGGCAGUUGUGGUUCCAAUGGCCAUAUUAGGGUGUCAUAUUACGUUGUACCACAGGGGGUCGUUGUUUUCCCAUGUUAGGUGAUGACGUCCAGUUAAUUAAACUGGCCAUUGUGGUUCCAAACAAAUAUCACAAUUAUGACUGGCCAUAUAUUAGGGUGUCAUAUUACGUUGUACCACCGGGGGUCGCUGUUUCCCCAUAUUAGGUGAUGACGUCCAGUCAAUUCAACUGGCAGUUGUGGUUCCAAUGGCCAUAUUAGGGUGUCAUAUUACGUUGUACCACCGGGGGUCGCUGUUUCCCCAUAUUAGGUGAUGACGUCCAAUGGUUCACAAUUAUGACAAUAUCCAACAAAUAUGAAAAAUCAAUCAACACUGAAAGCACAUAAUAUUUUUUUGUUGUUUUUUUUAAUAAAUAAAAAUAUUUGCUGAGCCAAAAAAGACAGAAAGAAAGCAUUUUUAUUUUAAAAAAUAUUUGACUGUUGGUACAUACAAUACACUCAUACUCAUAUAUUUGCAUAAAGUAGACUCUUACCAUAUUCAUAUUCCAAGAUUUGAUACAUUAUAUAUAUAGACACGGUGUCGGAGCAUGAAGAGACGGUGAAAUAAAAACCAAAGAUGGUGGACCUCACCACUGCCGCCCAUCGGGGGUUGGAGGGGGAGGGGGGCGUCUUGAAUUUGGACUCAUUAAAAUCA